GGUUCAGGUCCAGUCCGGGUUCCAGUCCAGGUCCAGGCUCGGGGCGCGGGGUGCGGGUGUGGUGGCCCUUGCCCCCUUCAUUCAGUCACUCGUCAUCACUACCCGCACCAUUUUUCCUGCUCUGCACCGGGUCUUGCUUGGUCGCUUCGCCUCCCCGACCGUCAAACCCUCAAUCUCUUUUUUCCCUUGUUCCAUCCCACCACUUCCUCCACUCUCACCCGCCCACGCCCAGAUCAUUUACUUGUCCCCCGUCCCCCAUCUCCAUCUGCCAUUCUUCCUCUCCCGCUUUCGACCAGACUUGUUCCCCCCCAAGCGGAAACCUCUCACGUCCACAUUCCACCAUCCUCGACUGCGGCCAAAUUGACUUUUGUGUCGUCAAAGUCAGGAUUACCCACCUACCGCAUUGUCCCGCUGUCGUCUUCGCGUCUCUUUCUUUCUCGGUGUUUUGCGGCCUGUUCAGUCUUUCAUCAGCCAGGAUCGGGAGAAGUGGACGCAGCAGCCCACGGCAGUCGGUCGAAAACAGCCAAAGGGCGCAACCCCCCCCUCGGAAAUCCCUGCAGUCGAGUCGAGUGCAGCCCAGCCCAGCCAAGUGCAUGGUAGGCUAGCCCGUUGCCCAGUGCCCACCCACGACCAGCACCCGCUGCUUACCGCACACCUCUCUCGCCCUCGCGCCCUCGCCCUUGUAGGCAGGCACUCUCUUCCUACAACCCGACCACGACAUCCCCUCGAUCUGCCAGGUCGUCGAGAUCGCUACCGGACCCUCAAGAUCCCUCGUUCUUCUGUGUGCUAAGCAGCCGUGCAUAGAGUUCCUUCUCUACCCUUUUCGUCUGUCAGGUCCUUGACUUUGACGCGGCGGUCUCCUGCUCUCCGGUCGAAGCUCUCGCCGACCUCGAUCCCCAACUCGGAUCACCACCUUGCUCAGGCUCCGAUUCAUUUCGACAGUCUCCCUCCGAUCCGCGAUAGAUUCCGAGUAUCUACACUCGCAGUCAUCAACUCGACCAUCCUACCUGUGGUUUCGACCUUUUCACCAUCGGAAAGGACACAACAACAUCAUAUGGCGCGAGCAUCUCAGUAAAAACCUACCACCUCCUUAUCGGCCUCUCGACUCUUCAGCCUUGGAACUUUUCGCCGGCCUGCAGUGACUACCUCGCAUUGCUACCUUCGACUCUCCUUGCGCUCGAAGCAGAUCGCUCUCUUACCAACCAAGGCAUCCUCUCCUCGCUCAAAAUCCGCAUUCUCACCGUCAACAUGCCUGGCGGAGGUGUCUGUGCCGUCCUCGACUAUGAGGUCGACAUGAUGGCCGAGUACGUCGCCGAGAUGGCCAUCGAGCUGGUCCUCCCCCAGUCCCCAGUCUCGCCGUCCUUCCGAAAGUUUGUUUCACAGAUCUUGUCGUCCACCCGUUUGCCCAAGGCCACCAUUCUGCUCGGCAUGAACUACCUCUCCAAGAGGGUCAAUGGCCUCAAGGCUAUCGGUACCUUCCAUCCCAUCGAGGGACAGGUCUGGCGGAUGUUGACCAUCGCCUUGCUCCUCGGAAGCAAGUUCCUUGACGACAAUACAUUCCAGAACCGGUCCUGGUCCGAAGUCUCUGGCAUUUCCGUUGCAGAGCUGAACAAGCUAGAGGCGGAGUGGCUCGUCGGAAUCGGCUGGAAUCUCUAUGUCAACUUGGAGAGGAGCGAGGAUUACAACGCUUGGUUGGACAACUGGAGCCAGUGGAUGGGUCGUAAGAAGAUGGCCCAGACCCUGGCCAGUCGGGAGAGGCUUGCAGCUCUUGUGCCCCCGAUCGACACCGACUUCGCCCGCCCCCGCAACCAGGCCUACAACCUCUGGCAUCAGCAGCAGGUUGCUGAGUACGAGCGUCUGUCGAGCAUGAAGCGUGCGGAGCAAGCUCAACAGCAGGCGGCGUACCGUCCGCAGGAGCUCGGCUGGAGCCAGUACUCUGCUGGACCAUGGUCGAGCGCGCCGCUCACCCCGCCUGAUUCUGGUUAUGGCACCCCAGAGUACCCAGCUUCUGCGACCUCCGGCAACGGUCAGUUCUACGGCGACUGGUUCAACCGCGCAUUUGCCAACGAUGCUCAGGGCCAACGAUACUCUCGACAAAACUCGACCCACAACAUCUACCACCACGGUCGCCACUCCCACUACCCUGGCUACUACAACUAUGGCCAGAACAUUUGGGACAACAACAUGGCGGAGUGCCCUUGUGCUAACUGCACUGGCCCUGUGGGCAUGAAGAACCAACACUACUUCAUGCCGAACGCCGCGUACGGCCAGGCUGUUCUGGGUUGAUCUUGCCUCCAAGCUUGACCACAUGCAUUGUUGGCACCGACCUUAACGCUGACAUGGAGACAUGGACGGAGUUCACUUUUUUUCCUUUUUCGCAUUGCGGACGGUCACGGAUUUGAGACAAAAAAACGAUACAUUUGCAUUCAGAUACCCCUUCGAGUCUCAGUACAUGUUCUCGGGGUCUUCCACAACGAGUUGCCUCUUGCAACGGCUACACCAGCCAACUUCUGCAAACAACCUCGGGCUCUUUGCCCAGGGACGGCUACAAGCAUACUGGAUCACUCCCAUCGCCACUGCGGGUACCACAUACCCGUUGUCAGGGCGAAAUGCUGCGGACCUCUUUAAUGAUUUGAUUUAGUUGGUCUUUUUUCUUUCUCAUCGGUUCUGUUACGGUAUAUGGCAUGGUUGGCCAUCUCACCUUCUGGCGUUUUCGGAUUCGAUACCAGGUGGUCUAGGCGGUGAUCUUGCAAAUAGAUCGCGAUCUUAUUUUAUCCGAUCGAAGGCUUGGCGGCACUAUCGCGCGUGCCAGGGCUCAGGGAAAUUGAAAGGGAGGAAAUCAGGGAGACACAAUGCGACGUGUCCCUGGAAUGCGUUGGUCCGACGACACCUUGGCGAUUGGACAACCCAUCAUCGGCAACAUACGCCCGGCGACCCGUAUCUAGCUUGGCAAUCGACGACUCCGAUCGAUCACCUACAAUUGCAGGCGGUAUACUGUCAGGAGCCACGACUUGGUCCCGGUCUGCCCGCCAGGCGUUUCUAUAGCAGCAUUCUCGGAACGGAAAGGAAAUGUUGCCGAUGUUGAAAAGUAUUGGCUGGUCUGUUUUUGUCCUUGUUUUCAUCCGCAUCCACUGUGCUUCUUCGCGCAGCCUCCUGGCCCUGACAAACGCAUCUUGUCUGGGAGAGCCUGCCCAGUCUUCCUUUCUUGUCCUAUACCCAAGCCGGGAGAACUUCCGGUCUGGCCUGUAUUGCUGUCGACAUGACUUUUCAGACUUUAUCUUCGUCCUCUCUUUGGUUGGAUGCAUUCAAUUAAGCCGGGUCAAGAGAGAUAUCUUAUCUCCCUCGGUGUCUUUUUUUUUCUUUUCUUUUUUCGGUAUAUGGCUUGGACAAACAUGUCCCAUGCCGGAGAGCAUUCCCUCCUCCUUGAAACUUCGAGUUGCACCUACCCUUCUUGUCUCAAUACUGCAUGGCACGUUUGUUUAGAGGAUAUCCUUUGAUUGGCAUCCAUAGAGGGCUUUUCACGGCUGGCGGUUUCCCUACACACUUUCUUAUAAUGCUUGUUGAUUUCCUUUUUAUACCUACAGAGGUGGACCGCAUUUUACAACGUUCACGCUCACGAUGCGAUGAAAGAGGGGUUUUAGGAAAUGGGUCAAGAAGGGACGAAAAAACAAAAGGGUGCCUUUGCUCAAAAAGAAUGAUAUUCCGCUGCAAACCUUGGGCGUGCCAGGAGGGCUGAUACUGGGGGGAAGAAAUGAAAAGUCGUCUUUCAUGUGUCUGCCUGUGAGCAUUCGGAACUGGAGCGAGAGGACAAUGUGACCGUUCUCUACGGACUAGAGAAGCGGUCUCUUCAGACUCCCGAACGUGCACUUGGGCCAUUCACAUGGAGCACUGGGGAAAUUUUUGCCUGGCGCUCACACUACAUACCAAUACC